AUGGCCGCUCCACAAGAAAUCACCACCGCAACCCCCACCAUGCAAACUCCCCCUGAAGAGCCCAUCACCAUCCCCGACCACCUCGACGGCGUCGCCUACCUAUACGGUCACCCCCUACUCAAUUCACUCUCCCCACCUCUGCACCAGACCGUCUACACGGCCCUCGGCCUCAACUGGACCCAGAUCCCCCUCUCCAGCGUCACCGGCACCUCAGCAACCUACCCCCCGCCCUACACGCGGUCCCCACCCAUCCCGACCUUCCUGGCCAGCAUCCGCGCCAACCCCAAAUUCGUCGGCUCCUCGGUCACCAUGCCCUGGAAGGUCAACAUCAUGCCCCAUCUGGACGACCUGACCGAAGACGCCAAGCAGGCCGGCGCCUGCAACACUAUCUUCCUGCGCAAGGACCCCGCCUCGGGGGAAACGUCCUACGUCGGCACCAACACCGACUGCAUCGGUAUCCGCGAAGCCCUGCUGCAGAACUCGCCUUCUGCCUCGGGGGAUCCCGUCAAGGAGCUGUUUAGCGGUAAACCCGCUCUCAUUGUUGGUGGUGGUGGUACCGCUCGGUCUGCUAUCUACGUGUUGCGGAAAUGGCUCGGCGCCAGCAAGAUCUACGUCGUGAAUCGCGAUACCGACGAGGUUAACGCCAUCCUCGCCGAGGAUGCUCAGCGGAACGUCAACGCCGAUGCUACCCUGGCUCCCUUGAUCCACGUCACGGAUCCCGCGGUCGCGGCGACCCUGGAGGCCCCCGCCGCGAUUGUCUCGGGUAUCCCGAACUACCCGCCCAAGACGCCGGAGGAGAUCCGCGCGCGCGAGGUCCUGCAGGUCCUCCUGGGUGAGGCGACGGAGGAAACGCAGGCGGCCGAGGAGAAGAAGCCCCGGGGUGUGAUCCUGGAGAUGUGUUAUCACCCGUCGCCGUGGACUGAGAUUGCGCAGUUGGCAUCGUCGGCCGGGUGGAAGGUUAUUCUGGGAUCGGAGGCGCUGAUCUGGCAGGGUCUGGAGCAAGCGAAACUGUGGACGGGACAGGAUGUCGUCAAGGUGCCUGGGGUGGUGGAGAAGGUGAAGGAUCUGGUGGCUAAGUCGAUUGCUGAGCGGUCGGCGAAGUCGAAUCUCUAA